AUGGACUGGUACGCCCAGCCACAGGACGGCGGCGCGCGUUUCGGCGCGUCUCGCUCCAUGCCGCCACGUCAGUACGUAGCCACAACGACGCCUGCUGAAGCUGUUCCCGAACUUCUAAACCGCUCUCCACGUUCGUCCACCCUCCCGAACCACCCGCCGUACCAUUAUCCGAACCACCCCCUGAACCAGCGGUACCGGCAACUACCCGAGCCUGGUAACGACGCUCGGCCCUAUAGCGACCAGCACAUUCCCCUUUCCGGCGACGCCCCCGGUAAGCGCGAGCGCGCCAACCGCGCCCUCCGCAAGGGCAUCUCCGCCUCGUCCGCGGAACUAGACCCGCCGAGUUCCGUGCGCCAUCGAAAUGAUGACUCUAGGCAGUGUGACAAUAUCGGUGGUGAGCAAAACGAGCUCACGGAGUAUCUCUUUGGAGAGGGGGGGCUUGGAGAAGGCGCGUGGGGUUCUGGCGGCGAUGAGUACGCGCGCGGAACUGGCGGCGGGAUUGGCGGCGUUGCGGGUGGCGGUGCUGGUGGCAGCGGUAGAUUCGACGAUGCGAUAAGAGUCGAUCCGGGUCGAGGGGUCUCUAAUGCUCGGCAUGGUAUGCCCAAAUCUCCGUCUGCGCGCCGCGCCGGCGACAUUAACCAGCCAGCCGUCAACCGCCGGCAGGGGUGGCGGAGGGGCAGUGACGGGCUGUCAGGUUGGGCGGAGAAUCCCGAAGACGUGCCCGAGCCUAUGCCCAUGGUUCGGCGCCAUACCACGGGCAUGGGCGGGAUGGCAGUUUCGCACGGCGAGCGGGGGAAGGGGGGGGAGGGUACUGGGGAAGCCGGGCAAUGGCGGAGCGGAAAUCAGGGGGAGAGGGCGGAGCGGGCGCACGGAAUGCCGCUGCAGCGGCGAUCGAAAACGGGACCUGAUAGUCUCAGAAAUCAUACGCUGGUUACCGCGGGGAAUACGGCGGGGAACACGGCAGCAGGUGCUUCUUGGGGAGGCGCCGCGGGACACGGGGAGAGUUUUGGCGGCUUUGGCGGGGGGUUCAGAAGUGCCGGCGGCGCACCAGAGUCGUCCUCAGGCGGAUCGGUGCAAAGCGGUACCAGUGAGGGGCAGACGGCGGGGGAGGCGCGGUGGGGGGCGGAGCAGCAGAGAGUCGCGGGAGGUAGCGGUAGACUGGCGGGCGGCGGAGGGAGCGGCAGACUGGUGGGCGCUGGAGGCGGGAACGGCGGCGGGAGGGAAGGCGCAGGCGGAGUCGCGGGGAUGGGGGGACCCCGCGGGGUGCGCGCGGGGAGCAUAGGCAUCAUGUCUCCGCGCCUGCUGAGAUUCCUGGUAGACGAAGACAGCCCCGUAGGCCCGAACCCUAGCGGGGGAUUCGACGACGGACGGAGGCGCGGGGGAGACGGGCGUAAGGCAAAAGGGCGGGGGAAGGACGCGGGGAUGGGGAAAGCGGAGGCCGGCGGACCAGGGGGGAGGGGAAGCAGGGAGCGGGAGAGAGAGGGAGGGGGGCAGGUUGGGAGGAGGCAAGAUAAUUCCAGGUAUCAGGAGACAGGCGGCGGGGUGACCGCCAGAGCUGCUGCGGCGGCGGCGGCGAUGGGGGGAAGCAGCGGCGAGGGGGGGCGGAGAUCCCCCAGAGCGGACGCCGCCUUGUACUUCCCCAAGUCGCGCAGCGUCGCUGUGCCAAAAUCCCCGCUCUCCGCUGCGCCGCGCGUUGUUCCUCCCCCCCUCACGCCCCAGCCCGCGCUUCCCCCGGUUUCUCCCGCCCGCCAGCGCUUCCCCAGCUCCUAUCCUCCCAGUAACUCGUUCUCCCUGCGCCCCUCCUCUGGCGAUUCCGCCGGUUCCGCCUCCGGGGAAACGGGGAAGACGGGAGGGGCGGGAGGGGCGGAAGUGGGGGGGGGAGUGGCUGGUGGUGCUGGUCCGUUCCCCGCCUACCCCACCUCCUCGUCUUUCUCGUUUGACGAAAAGUUUCGCCGCCCCGCUGCCCUGGAUCUCGGGCAGCUCUCGCCAACCAAUCAGCUGGAACCAGAGGACUUGGUAGAAGAAGACGGGCAGGAAGUUAUGGUGCGAUUGGGAGAUGAGGAAGAGGAGGAGGAGGAGGAAGAAGGGGAGGUGCUUGCACGUGAGAAGUAUUUGCUGCAGGGGAGGGAACAGGUGGGGAAGGUAGAAGGGGCAGGUGGGCAGGGGUGGGAGGAAGAGAUUUAUUACUUAGACGAGCCAGAUGAUGGGAUGGAAUAUCAGAAACAGCAGAAGCAGCAGCAGCAGCAGCAGCAGGCACCUCCCCGCACCAAACCUAAGCCCCGAGCCUUGGUGACUGGUUCGGCAGAUUUGUCCGGAGACAAUGGCAGCACCACGCUUCUAGACUCUUUAGAGCCUCUGGCUGGGGAUCCUGAUGAGGAGGAGGACGGGGAGGGGGACGAUAAGGGGAAGGCGAGGGGGUGGCAGGGGGGUGAUGGGGAGGCGGAGGGAAAGCAGGAGGAAGAAGAGAAGAGGGGAGGGGGGAAGGGUGAGGGGAAAGGGGGGAAGGGAGUUGGGAGGAAUGCAGUAACUCCCCGAGCUGGGGGAGGGGUAGGGGGAGGGGGAGGGGGAGUGGGCGGAUCGGAUCAUAGCACGAGUGCGGGCGGCAGCAAAACGCCAAAGGAGGCCAGCCAGCACAGGUCGAAGCGGGCUGGGUCGGGCACGUGGGGAGGGGGCCUGGUGGCUGCAGUGGAGGGGUUUAGCCGUAGCCUCACUGCUCCUAAAGGCUCCUUUGGUUCGGCUGCUGCUGCUGCUGGUAACGCCUCUGCUUCUUCUGCUAGUAACGCUGUUGCUGCUGCUGCUGCUGCUGCUGCUGCUGGCACUGGUGGUAGCAGUGGUAACAGCACUGCUCCUGCUGGUGCCGCUGCUGCUGGUGGUGCCACUGCUGGUGCUGGUGCUGGCGCUAGUGCUGCUGGUGGUGGUGGUGAGGGCGGUGGAAUGAAGAAGGUCAAAGGAUUGACCACCGAGAAGAAAAGCUCUUCGCGAACCACCAGCCCGAAAACUCUGAGCCCCAGGACUCCCCGCGGCGACGGGCAGCAGCAGCAGCAGCAGCAGCCGGGCACGGGCAGCACGGAAGGGAUUUUCGAGCGCGGGUUCACAGACAUCCGGAAGAGAUUUGAGGUCGGGCAGCAGAUCGGGCAGGGGCGGCGGGGGGUGGUGGUGUAUAUGUGUGUGGAGAGGCGCACGGGGCGGGCGUAUGCGUGCAAGGCGAUUGACAAGGCGACUCUGGUGGAGCCGAGGAAGGUGGCUGCUGUGCGGGCUGAGGUGGACGUUAUGAGGAAGCUUCUGGGAUGGCCGCACGUGGUGGGGAUCAAAGACGCACUAGAGGACGAAAAGUGCGUGUACAUCUUCAUGGAGCUCUGCUCAGGAGGCGACCUGCUGGAUCACAUCAACUCAUCCCCCUUCAUCUCGGAGCGGGAGGCCGCCAUCAUCCUGCGCGUGCUGGCGGAGACGCUGCGGUCGUGCCACAACCACGGCAUCAUGCACCGCGACUUAAAGCCCGAGAACAUCCUGCUGGCGCAGCCUGGGUGCUGGUGGGACCUCCGGUUGGCCGACUUUGGCUUCUCCGUUCACCUCAAAGCCGGCGAGCGCAUGACAGGCUAUGCAGGGUCGCCAUUCUACAUGGCGCCGGAGGUGCUGGACAGCAUAUACGGGCACGAGGCGGACGUAUGGAGCCUGGGGGUGAUCCUCUACACCAUGCUCUCCCAGAAGCUGCCCUUCUGGGAUGACACGGACGCGGGUGUGUACCGGCAGAUCAAGCGCGCGCAGGUGGACAUGGAGAGCGGAGUCUGGCCGGCGAUUUCGGAUGAAGGGAAGGAUCUGGUGCUGGGGAUGCUGUCCGCGGACCCUCACCAGCGAAUCACCCUCGAUAGACUGCUCGGGUUUUGGGACGACGCGGACGCGGGCGUGUACCGGCAGAUCAAGCGUGACAAGGUGGACAUGGAGAGUGGCGUCUGGCCGGCGAUUUCAGAUGAAGGGAAAGAUAUUAGCGUCAUGGUUAGUGGCACUGCUGGACUGCCGAACCGAAGCCUCAGAUUCGCACAUCCGUUUCUGGAAGCUCAAAAGACGACCAGACGCUUUCCCGCGCCCAUUCCUCCCCGCACUUGCGCGCAAGAAGCUUCCGCUUGUCCUUACAGUGCGAGUCCCCAUAGCGGAAGCCCCUAUGGCGCAAUCUCUUCCGCUUCCCCCGUUCCCCUCCGCCGGUAUAACUCCGUCACCUCCCCCGCUCCGCCGCCCGUUUCCCUUCCCCCCGCCGGAUCUUCCCCCGCGCCCAAGUCUCCCCUCUUCCGCACGCCCUCGCUCGGCGCCCCCGUGCGUAUCUCCGCCGCUAGGGAACAGCCGUCGCCGCCCAUGUUUCUCCCGCCCACCGCCUCGGAGACCCUUCCUAUAGCAGUUCCGCUCUAUAUUCCCCCGAACCACCCCCCCGCGGGGCCCGCGGACCGUUCCUUUGCGCCCAGCUGCGCGUAUGAGCCCCGAGCGCAGCAGCUGGACCGCGCGUUUGUGCUCGACGGCGGUUGCGCGUAUGAGCAGCGGGUGCCACCACGGGGACCCCCGGGCCCGCUCGCACGGGGAAACAGCGGCGCCGCAUCCCGUCGCGCUGCGCCGAUUCCGCGACACUCCUCCCUCCCCCUAGCGGCUUCCGCCUAUCCCAGCGGGAACUACUCUUCCGCCGUUACAAACAGCCCUUGUCCCGUUCUUAAUAAUCAUCAGCGACACGCGAAGGGGCCUGCUGGUAACCUGGUAACCAGCAGAGACAGCGGCGGGAAAUACGAUCAGGCGGGCGGGUGGGAGAAACCGUUUAUUCAUCGGUCCACGUCAGCACCCGUGCCUGAUGACGAGGCUUGGGAAGAGGAAAGGGAAUACGAAGAAGGGGAGGAGGAAGAGGAGGGGGAGGAUUGGGAGGAGGAGAUGGGGGAAAACGAGAUGGCGGCGGAAGGGGAAGGGCGCAGGGGGGAAAUGAGCGGCGCGGGCGGAUGGGGAGUGAGCGCGCGGACUGGGGGGGCGGCGGGAGGGGAAACGCGGGGGUGGCGCGGAGAGGAACCCCGGCGGCAACUGGACAGGUCUUACCUGACGAGCGCGUACGACCAGCAGCAACAGCAGCAGCAGCAACAGUCGCAUCUUGCGAGGCAUUUAAGCCUGGAGCCGCAUUUGACGGAUAACCGCAGCGGGCAAACGCGCGGGGACGGGGAGCGGGCGGAAGGGCGGGAGGGGAGAGGCGCGAACCUGCUGCGACAAGCAUCGGACGGGCAAUGCCUUGCGCGCAACGGCGGGUACGGGCGGGGGGCACGCAGGGACGCACAAGACGGGCAAUACAGGGGGGACAGGCAACAGCCGGACAGGCAACAGCCGGACAGGCAACAGCCGGAACAGCCAGACAGGCGUCAGCUGGACAGGCGGCAUGUGGACGGCAUGUACGUGGACAGGAGCGAGCCGGACCGCGAGCGACUUAUAGAGCUGCGAUUGCGGCGCGUGGAGCGGCGGCGGCAGCAGCAGUGGCACCACGAGCGGCAGCGCAAGGCGGCGCAUCGCCUUAUGGCGGAGCGACGGCAGCAGUGGGAGCUGUGGCGGCAGCAGCAGCAGCAGGGGCUGGGGCAGGAGGAGCAGGGGCAGAAGCAGGGGCAGCAGGGACAGGGACAGGGGCAAGAGCAGCAACAGGAGUGGUUUCAAAAGCAGCAGCAGCAGCAGGUGUAUGAGCAGCAACAGCCAGAGAGAGACGAAUACGAGAGGGAACAGCCAGCCACGUCACCUUACCAGCAGGCCACGUCGCCUUACCAGCAAGCCACGUCACCUUACCAGCAGGCCACGUCACCUUACCAGCAAGCCACGUCACCUUAUCAGCAAGCCACGUCGCCUUACCAGCAAGCCACGUCACCAUACCAGUCUCUCACCCAUCGCACACGUUUGCUGCCUCAGCACUACCAGCCUUGCACCGACCAGGCCAAUCCCACCUGCACCAGCAGCGCCCUCCCCAGCAAUCCCACCUGCACCAGCAGCGCCCUCCCCAGCAAUCCCACCUGCACCAGCCACCUGCAGCGCUCUGCCUCCGAUGGACGUGCGAUGACUGGUCAGGUGGCACCUGACAAAGAUUCACCUGACCAGGUGGUUCCUGCCCAGGUGCUAGGGCCCAACCCGAUGGCACCUGGUCAGGUGGUUCCUCAGCUGGUGCCGAGCAGGUCACUGCGGCAGCUGAGGAGAGUGCCUCCUCUUGAUUCAAAAGCGCAGAAACAGCAGCCAGACCCUCACAGACAGCGGGCAGACACACAGGAGCAGCGGGCAUGCGUAGCUGCUCCAGAGCCUACCCAAUCCUCCUCGCACCAAACCUUGUCCCAAUCCCCUCCUCCUUGCUCUUCCCCUUACCUCCCUCCUCGCUCACCUCCUCAAUCCCCUCCUAUUUCCCCUCCCUACGCCUCCCCUUGCUCCCCUCCUCUCUCUCCUCCUGCCUCUACUGGUACCGCUAUCUGCCACUCCCCCUCCUUCGUGUGGCCGAGGGGGAACGGGCCCGACUUUGGGACCGGCGGGAGGGCUGCUUUGGGGGGAGCGGAUAAGUGGGUGGCGUGCUUUGUCCCGCAGUGCUGGAACCGCAAUUGA